UUGGACACGCUCCCACUUCCGCGUUGACUUUUUCCAACUUUGUUUCGUCCGUUGUCUUUGCGCCAACAACAUCUUGGUAAAUAUGUACCGGAACCUGGUGGGGCUGCUCGGACGGGGGGCGACGGGCUGCCGACCGGGCGCCGCCGUCGACUUUCUGUCGCUGCCGCCGGCGGCGGCGGCGUCGUCCCCGUCUUCGCUGCGGCGGCACCGCGGCUACUCGCGGCAGGCCGUCGACGACCCCAACUUCUUCGCCAUGGUGGAGGGCUUCUUCGAGCGCGGCGCCGCCAUCGUGGAGAACAAGCUGGUGGACGAGCUGAAGACGCGAGAGAGCCCCGAGAACAAGAGGAAGCGCGUCCGCGGGAUCCUGAGGAUCAUCAAGCCGUGCAACCACGUCCUCAGCGUCAGCUUCCCCAUCAAGAGGGACAGCGGCGAGUGGGAGGUCGUCGAGGGCUACCGAGCGCAGCACAGCCAGCACAGGACGCCCUGCAAGGGAGGGAUCCGUUACAGCACGGACGUGUCAGUCGACGAGGUCAAAGCGUUGGCGUCGCUGAUGACCUACAAAUGCGCCGUCGUUGAUGUUCCCUUUGGUGGAGCCAAGGCGGGAGUCAAGAUCAAUCCCAAGAAAUAUUCCGACCACGAGUUGGAGAAGAUCACCAGGAGGUUCACCGUGGAGCUCGCCAAGAAAGGUUUCAUUGGACCCGGCAUCGACGUUCCCGCUCCGGACAUGGGCACCGGGGAGCGAGAGAUGUCCUGGAUCGCCGACACCUUCGCCACCACCAUGGGGUACAACGACAUCAACGCUCACGCCUGCGUGACCGGGAAGCCCAUCAGCCAGGGGGGCAUCCACGGGCGCAUCUCGGCCACCGGGAGAGGAGUCUUCCACGGCGUCGAGAACUUCGUCAACGAGGCGGCCUACAUGAGCAAGCUGGGAAUGUGUCCCGGCUUCCGGGACAAGACCUUCGUCAUUCAGGGUUUUGGCAACGUGGGUCUUCACUCCAUGAGAUACCUUCACCGCUUCGGAGCAAAAUGCAUCGGAGUGGGCGAAAUCGACGGAAGCAUCUGGAACCCGGAAGGCAUUGACCCCAAACAACUGGAGGACUACAAACUGGCCAACGGGACCAUCGUGGGCUUCCCAGAGUCUUCGCCAUACGACGGGAGCAUCCUGGAGGCCGGCUGCGACAUCCUCGUUCCCGCCGCCGGAGAGAAGCAGCUCACCAAAACAAACGCGCACAACGUCAAGGCCAAGAUCAUCGCGGAGGGCGCCAACGGUCCGACCACACCCGAGGCCGACCGCAUCUUCCUGGACAGAAACAUCCUGGUCAUUCCAGACCUGUACCUGAACGCGGGCGGCGUCACCGUGUCCUACUUCGAGUGGCUGAAGAACCUCAAUCACGUCAGUUACGGCCGCCUGACCUUCAAGUACGAGCGAGACUCCAACUACCACCUGCUGAUGUCCGUCCAGGAGAGUCUCGAGAGGAAGUUUGGCAAGCACGGCGGCGCAAUUCCCAUCGUUCCAACCUCGGAGUUCCAGGCACGCAUCGCUGGGGCGUCAGAGAAGGACAUCGUCCACUCGGGCCUGGCCUUCACCAUGGAGCGCUCGGCCAGGCAAAUCAUGCGCACGGCCAACCGGUUCCAGCUGGGUUUGGACCUCCGCACCGCCGCUUACGUCAACGCCAUCGAGAAAGUCUUCCAAGUGUACGCGGAGGCCGGACUCAUCUUCACGUAGCUGUCAAUCACGCGCUCUGUUUUGCGUGGGCGGUGAAAACGCCGUCAGCCUUAAAAGACAAGUUUUUCGGCAAAGGGAAAAAGCCAAACUCUUGACUUAUUUCUGUUACGAUGUUGAUUAGCCAUAUGAUGUUUAUUUAGAUGAUUAUUGUCAUUGGAUGUCCAAAGUGCUCAUGCACAUCAGCUUUGGUGUAAUAACUGGAUGACUUCCCUGUAAAUACAUUUUUGUUUUUGAAGGAGCUUUUGAACACGGUGGUCACACGACGUUCAUACAAAUGCUCAUCGGCGUGUUUUUCAUGUGAUUGACAGAAUUAAAGACUGACACGUGUGUAUUGUCUGUUGA